AUGUGUUCAAUGUUUAUGGAUAGACAAAAUAAAACAGAAUCAUCAUCAUCAUCCUCAGCAGCAAUAACACCGACAAUAAUAGCGAAUAAAAAAACUAUUCCUUCAUUUUCUAUUGAAAAUAUUCUACAACCAUCAAAUCAUUCAUCAAAUGAUACAUGUUAUUCUAUAACAAAUCACAAUCAAGAUUGUCCGUCUGAAUUUCUUCAAGUGAAUUAUUCUACAAAUUCUAAGUUGUUUAUGCACGGAGUCGAUUUGAUAACUUUCUCCGGUGACGCAUCAAUUUAUUCAACUUUCACUUCGAAUCAGUUGAGUGAAUUAGAUCGAUUACAGGCACAGCACAAUCACAAUCACCACCAACAACAACUACAACACCACCAACAAGAAGAACAGCACCAGGAGCAACAACACCAACAACCCUAUCGACGAAAACGUACUGCUUUUACACAAUCCCAGUUGUUCUGUUUAGAACAAAGUUUCCUAUGUCAAAGAUACUUGAGUGUUACAGAAAGAGCUGAUCUUGCAGCACAUUUAGGCCUAUCUGAAGCACAAAUUAAGACGUGGUAUCAAAAUCGACGAACUAAGUGGAAACGUCAAAUGACGACAAUAUUACGUAAUGAAGAUUUAAGCAAACGUGAAUUAUCAUCUAAGCAGCAUGAUUUCAACCUCAGCUCAUCCACAUUUUGUCAUGAUACACUGGAACCAAAUGGCUGUCCCAUUGCCAGGCCACAAAAUGAUGAGAAAUCUUUAUAUGGCAAUGAUUUUCGUAAUGGUUAUAAAAUGAUCAGUGAACUAUUACAAUGGUUUAAAGCAAAUCGAUGA